AUGUCAACAAUCGCAUCCCCUCGCGAACCACCCGCCCUAACGCGGCGCGUCUCAGCCCAACCGCACACCCCAACGUCCUCAGCCCGGCCCUCCCUCGAAGCCCCUCGCUCCCUCGCCAGCUCUCCGAACCCGGGCUCCUCCGCAGCCUUCAACGCCCCCGCUUCAGGUCCCGGCGGCGCGCCGGCACCGUCCAAACGCGCCAACCGCGCCGCCCUGCGUGAGUACUACAACCUCAAGAAGGCCGGAGGGACGCCGUCUCUGGAAGUCACCCCCGACGACGCCUCGGAACGCGGCGGCGUCGCGGAGCACUCUGAAGUUCCCCCCAGCGAGCUCGACAACCCGUCCUUCGACGCCGAGGCGUACGUACGCAAAGCGCUGGCGGAGAAUACCCUGGACGAGCUGCUGCGGGUGUACACGCGCGUGCUGGGGGAGAUACGGGCGCUCGAUGCGGAGAAGAAGGCGCUGGUGUACGAUAACUACUCCAAGCUCAUCUCCGCGACGGAAACUAUUCGAAAGAUGCGUGCCAACAUGGACCCCCUGAACCCGAUGGCUUCGACGCUCGACCCUGCGAUUGCGGGUAUCUACGCGCAGGCCAGCUCGAUCCGCGACGCACUGCGUCAGAAUGUCGCACCGCCCGAUUCGAAGGAGAGACAAGACCAGGCAGCCGCGGCUAGGAGGCGAAGAACGAGGGAGCUUGCUAAGGAGGUGCUGGGAACGCCACAGAAGCUGAGAAAGUUGGUGAAGGAAGGAAAGAUUGCGGAAGCUAGGAAGACGUGGGAGAUGCCGCGGCGGUUGUUGGAAGUCUGGAGGGAGAAGGGGCUGGGCGGGAAGGAUGUGACGGAGUGUCUGGAGGAGGGAGAUGCGGCAUUGAGGGGCGGGACGGGGGAAAGUAGUAUACGGACGUCGAAGGAUAGUGGCAGGUCAUGA